AUGCACUCUACUAAUCAAUUCUGCACGGUAUGCGGACAAUCCACAAGUUUAUUUAAUUAUGGGGCAAUGUGUUGUAGUGCUUGCAGUUCAUUUUUUCGGAGAUCGCUUUCCGUCAAAACUCCAUUACGAUCAUGUCAAAACUCUGAGUUAUGUUUCAAACAAUACAAUAGAGCUGUUUAUGCGGAGUGCAAGUUUUGUCGAUUUCACAAAUGUGUCCAAGUUGGAAUGUUAAACACCCAAAAGUAUUCAGAUCUGCCUAAACUGAUGCAUGAACUAUCUCAUUUGGAUGAAGAGAGGAAAAAGAAGACUGUGAAUAUGACUAUACCGGAAUGUUUUGAUCUCAGUUCAAUUUUCAACUACACUUCUAUCAAGUUUGCGAAAAAAUCACCAAACCUUCAUUUAUCGUCUCACGACUGGGGAUGUAUGCAUCAACUCACUUCAAUGGAGUUCAUUAAGACUUUCCAAUUUAUCAAAUUCCUUUCAAUGCAGGAUCUCAAAAUAUUCUUAAAGAGAACACAUUUCAAUCAUGUUCUAUUUUCCACUGCGAUGGCAUCAUUUUCAUGCAAACAAGACUUUAUGUCAUUCCCAGACGGAACUGAUGUUUUUCCAGAGAGCAUUGCUAACGUCACUUGUUAUAAUCCACAUUUUCUCAAUAGAAUUCGAUGCAAGCUGAUGGCAAGAAUGAUUGAAUUGAAUAUAACGACGAGCGAAUACCUUCUACUCAGUGCCAUUAUCUUUUGCAACUCAGUGUCUACUGACUUAUCGGAAAAUGGAAGAACACUCAUCAACUCUUAUCAAAAAGUAUAUGGUUCUUUGUUGUUCCAAUAUUGCGAGGAGACAAAUCAAAAAAAUGGACCGUUGCGGUUUUCGGAGCUGUUGUCUGUCUGUCAUGCAGUUGCAAAAACCCACGAAGAUAUAAAGAAGUUUUUUCUUCUAUUCCAAGUGUAUCAGCCAGAAGCUCAACCAGUCCAGCUUCAUCAGGAUGUUAUUGAAUAUUUGUCGAUGUGA